UUGAAUAAAUAGAUCCCGUUGGGUGCCAAUAUAGCUUAUCUUACAAAAGCGCAUCAAAAUGGCACAUCCUAGCGAUCCUCCAUAUGAUGACCAAUGGGAAACUUGGGACUCCUAUACUCGAUUUAAUGUAUCCCUUUGUCCGAGUAUCAGGCAUUUGAUAUACAGGUUACAUACAGCUUCCAACCAUAAGUUAAAAUUUGCGUUGUCUAUGCACAUACGUACGUUUGAAGAUGACUUGAUAGGUUCUGAGCAACUCCGCAACCGGGCCAUUAUGGCUUUGGAACCUGAAUUCCUCGCGCUGCUGCUUAGAUCGUCGACAGCCAUUGGGAGUUAUGGAUUGCUAAUCAUUAAAUGUUUGCUUAAAGACACAAGUUCAGCUAGGCACUUGUCUUCACUAGUGCCAUACAUUGUUGAAUUCCUUUCAUACCAAUUAGAAACCAGUGACUAUGACGCUACAACGAAUGCAGUUAUCAACAAAGUGCACAUAACACCGCAGGUAUUCAAAACAAAGGUUGUCUCAGAUUGCGUCUGCCUUCUGCAAUGUUUUAAUGAGCUCCUAGGGCCCAGUAUGAUGAACAUUACUAUUGACCCAGUGGAGCUCUACGAAUCAGUUGAUGACCUGUCUAAGGACUUGUUUGACAUGUUCUCUGAUGUGGAGGGAUCUAUAUCUACCUCUGGCAGGUGCCGCUUAUGCCACUUGGAAGAGCUUCGCGAAUUUAAGGAGGCAUCGAUGCUAUGCGAUGAACAGGAGCGCGAUAUUGAUGCUUUAGCCGUGGCACAUUUAGAGGAAAUAGAUAUAUCUAUAGACUCCGCAGGACCUAGUGAGCUACCCGACCAGCUGAUUCGAUGCGGAGAGUCCAUUUUAUCGCUAUUACCCCAAGUCAACGACACUGAACAUGUAACGGAACGGAACUCCUUGUAUAUAAAUUCCCUUAGAAACAUUUUAAUACUGAUUCCUAUGGAAUACCAAGAUACCUUGGUAGCCAAAUGCCUUGACUCGAAAAACUUUGACGUCCUUUUGAUGCUUAUUGAUAUUUGUAUGGGUACUGACUCCAUUAGCCCAGGAAACCGAAGGAAUAUAUGCUCUAAAGCGGCACGCCUUCUGGAACUGAAAUUGGAAAAGUAUCUAAAUAAUCGAUUAAUAACGUUUGUGACAUACAUGUUGGAAACUGAUGGCUUAUCUGCACUAUGUCCCGAGGGAUACACUGAUACUGACCUCGUCAAGCAACUUUGUUCCAUAGUACGUCGUGCUGAAAUCGAGAUCCACAUUGGUAUAUACGACGUCUGCAGGCAAACAGACGCUAACACUGACUUCAGUGCAUCAUUUCAAUUACUCGAGGCGUUGUUGGUGCGAGUUGCGGAAAGCGAAUCGAUGUUACCUUCAUGUCACGACCUAUUCACGUGUACCCACCGUAUAGCUGGUAUAGUAUUCGACUUUUUCGAGGAUGUGGCAUCUAAAAAUGUGCCCUGUUAUCCUGAGUUGAUAACGUGUUGUUACCGAUUCAUUGGCUGCUGGAUGACCCUGGAGCCCAUGCAUCUGUCUUCAACGUAUCGCAAGAAAUUACCCAAAAUACUUUCAGUCAUCACAUGCCGCGAUUUCGCAUGGUUGCUGCCAUCAUUGGAGUUUAUAGAUUCUAUAGAGCUUGACUCUAUCGACGGCUUGUUCUACAUGUACUUAGGCACGAUGUAUAUAUGUUUCCAAGGAAAUGAAGCAGAAACUAGUGAAAGUCAGCUGUCGAGUAGCAGUGCGAUAUCAAUGUGCCACAACUUGGUCCAACAGAUGUUCCUAGAAAGUUCACUGGAUCCUGCGAAACUUUUCGCUUCAUUAGGCAACAAAGGAGACUACAAAAUGGCAUAUAAAUUUGCGAAUAGCGCUAUAAUUCUGUUUAUGUAUAGCCAUAUUAUUGACAAAGGCAAUGUCCAUUUUAGUCCACGACUACCUCUGGAUUUAUGCCUUCCUUUACCUGCUGAGUUGAGUGGUUCAACAGCCGGCAAGUCAGGUGCUAAAGACGCCAUGUCAUUCCUUCAAUCGUAUUUUAUCGCGGAAUGCUAUAGACUGCUCCCAGAGCUGGAUAGUAGUGUUUCAAUGAUGAUCAGAAAGUUGUCAGGAUCAUCUGAUCAACCUGCAAGUGAUACAUCGCAAAAGGAAGAUCCCAAGUCAGUGCAUCCUGAAGCUGACUCUAAUGACCAAUCGCAACAAGAUUCUAGAACUGGUGAACCAUCUCUACCACUGUGUCAAAAGGAUAUCAUUAUUCAGCUACAGAAAGCUAUUGAAGCUUCUCUAAGUGACAGGAAUACACUAUGCAAUGACUGGUCCAUGGAGCUAUCUGAUUGUACCUUGGCAGUGGCAUCAGUAUGCUUAUGUCGACUACACCAAUCCGAUGUGCGUGAUCUUAUGGACGCAUCUGUAUCAUUCAUAUUAAUGGAGUCUGUGGCUGCUACGUUUGCCUAUCUGAGCUGCAUGAGUACCGGCUCCCUAAAAGGCGACGAUUGCAUUACUUGGUACCGAUCAGCGUUGGUCUGCACUAUUCUUAUACAGCGGCAACCCAUGUUUAUCAACAUAAUCGCCUUCGUUUGUAGAAAGAUUAAGCUCACAUCGAUAGGGUUAUCAACAGAUACAUCGCACGACCUCGUUAUGAAUGGUUGGAUUUCUAGUGACUGUGCUUCAGCUGGAGAUUUCAUGUCUACCCUGGUAUCUGCCAUACGCUGAUGUGUUAACACACUGCCUUGGGUUGUAGUUAUUUUGAACUAUCACUCC